AUGCCACCGCACGUAGCGGAGUCUCCGGCCAAGAAGCAGAGCAAGUGGUCGCCGGAGGAAGAUGCCUUGAUCAUCGAACUUCGGGGGAGCGGAAUGAAGUGGGAGGACAUCUCAAAACGUCUACCGGGAAGAAGCGCCAUCAGUUGUCGACUUCACUACCAAAACUACCUCGAGAGGCGGAGCGAGUGGGACGAGGAGCGCAAGAAUAAGCUUGCACGGUUGUACGAGAGGUUCAAACCGGAGAUGUGGGCAAAGGUUGCGGAGGAGAUGGCCGUUCCUUGGCGAGCCGCAGAGGCCAUGCACUGGCAGCUUGGCGAAGCGGACAUGGCUCGGCGUGCCGGCGUUGUGCCCUUUUCUUUGACAGCAGUCAACGUCGACCAGCCUGGCGGUGGCCACCGGCACUCCCCUUCUCGGGGCCACAUGCACACCCAGUCCCAGCCUAGCCUGCCCCGGGACAUUGGCGGACCUUCCCCUCGAUACAGCCGACCACCACCGCCUGGUAUAUCACCGAUUCCCGGUGGACGAGUCAUCGCAGCCCGACGCGAGAGCGUUCCCGGCAGGCCGCUGAUGGGACCGGACCCGAAUGAGAUGGCGGGCAUGGGGCCGGGUGGCCCUGGUUUAGCACCGAUCCAGGGACUUCCGCCAGGCCGAGGCGGGGGCAUGCUUCCAGGAGUUGCCGAACUGACUACCGGUGUCAGCCCAUAUAGCACUCCAGCAUACGCGAUGGGCGGUAUACCUACGGCAAGCCCCGUGCCCAGCGCGAGAGCUAGCCCGGGACCGCUGCUUCCAGCCCUCCACUACCCACCGCCUCACGAGCAAGCCGGUGCGAAGCGACGAGCCAGUCCAGGCACAGAGAUGAUGGGCUCAAGGGAAACGAGCCGACGACGGCACAUGGAUCCUCGCCAGGAGGAGAUGGAUCGGCGACGCGUGGCAUGA